AUGAGUUCGUUUGUUAAAUUCACUGCUAUACUCGGUGCUCAUGACCAAGGACCUCUCUGCUAUUUGUUAGAGAUUGACGAAGCAAAACUAUUGUUGGAUUGUGGAUGGUCUGAAUCCACGGAUCCUUCUCAACUGGCUGCUCUUGAAAAAGUAGCAAGACAAAUCGAUGCUCUUCUUCUCUCACAUGCAGAUCUGGAUCAUUUGGGUGCUUUCCCUUAUGCUGCAAAGCAUCUUGGUCUUACCUGUCCUGUUUUUGCUACUACUCCAGUGCAUGAUAUGGGACAGGCUUGUAUGCAUGAUCUAAUACAGGCUAAACUCAACCAGGAGGAAUUUCAUCUAUUUACCAAGGAUGAUAUUGAUACUGCCUUUGCCAAAACAACCAUUUUACGGUACUCUCAGCCAACUGUUUUGACUGGAAAAUGUCAAGGCAUUACAGUCUCUGCUUUUAGUGCUGGUCACACAAUUGGUGGUACCAUAUGGAAGAUUAAAAAGGAUACUGAAGAGAUUGUAUAUGCAGUAGAUUAUAAUCACCGAAAGGAACGGCAUUUAAAUGGUACAGUGCUUUUAAGCACUGAUACACUGAUACGACCUACUCUUUUAAUCACUGACGCAUUCAACACUCUCAUGCCAGAUCCAGCACCACGAAAACAACGAGAUGCAGCUUUAAUUGAAUCUAUUGCAACGGUUUUGAGCGAGCAUGGAAACGUAUUGAUACCAAGCGAUAGUAGCACGCGCGUGCUUGAACUUCUCUACAUGCUCGAUCAGCAUUGGGCAUUCCAUCGCUACACAUACCACCUUGUAUUUCUCACAAAUCAAAGUCAAAAUGCCAUCAAUUUAGCAAAAAGUACACUAGAAUGGAUGGGUGAUGGUAUUGCACAAGCCUUUACCGCACGUGAACUUCCAUUUGAAUUCAAGUGCCUAAAAAUGAUUCAUUCCAUAGAUGAGUUGGAUAAUUUAAUGGGGCCAAAAGUGGUGCUGGCCUCGUUUCCUGGUAUGAUGACUGGGUUUUCGCAAGAUUUACUGAUUGAGUGGGGCAGUGAUCCAAGAAAUAUGAUCAUUCUUCCUGAUCGUGCUCAGCCAGGAACACUAGGUCGUAUGAUGUUUGAUGAUUGGUUUGAAUCAGCAAAAAUGGCUGAUAUGAACCUCAAAAAACAGGUUCCUUUGGUGGGCGACGAGCUUGAUGAGUAUAUGUCGAAAAAGCAAGCAGAAGAAGAGCAUGCUCGUCUUAUGCACAGUCACCAGCUGGGUCUAGAUGAUAGUUCAGAUAGUGACAUGAGCGAUACAGAAGAAGUAGCAAAACCUCAACCCAUGCAAUUCGAUAUUUAUGUCAAGGAUGUAAAUCGCUCUACUGGAUUUUUCAAACAAGCGCAAGCAUUUAAAAUGUACCCAGUGCAUGAACAUCGACCUCGUGUAGACGACUAUGGAGAGUUGAUUGAUUUGGACAUGUACGCCAAAUUAGAGCUUCAACAUAAUCUGGCCCCAAAUGAACCUGAAGAAAACGAGAAAGUAGUUGCUCCUGUUAAAAAGGUUGUGCCAUCCAAAUACGUGGUCGAGGAUAUAUUACUUUCGCUUAAAUGUAGAAUGCAAUAUAUUGAUUUUGAAGGCCGAUCGGAUGGAAAGUCUGUCAAGAACAUCAUUGCUCAAGUUGCUCCUCGUAAACUGUUGUUUGUGCAUGGUGACAAGGCAUCUACAAUGGCAUUUGCCGAGUACUGCCGUACAAACGAGUCUUUAACAAACGAAGUCUAUGAUCCAGUCCAAGGCGAAUGUGUCAACGUAUCUUCUGCAACGAACCUUUUCAGAGUGGUUCUUACUGACACGCUUAUGGACGAGUACAGUUUGUCGUAUAUCACUGGUGUGAUUAAACUCCAGGAUUCUGUCACGGGUGGUACAAGAGCGAUGCUCGAGGUAGUUCCAGUUGAAACCCAACUUACACGACAGCAUGUGAUGGUUGUAGGUGAAGCAAAGCUUUCCCAAGUGAGAAAAGUGCUUGAUUCACAAGGGUUUCGUACUGCAUUUGCCAGUGGGGUGCUUGUUGUGAAUGAAGGCAAGGCAUUGAUUAAGCGAUCUGGUACUGAUGGAUCACUUGCUUUGGAGGGAAGUAUUAGUCGAGAUUAUUACAAAAUUCGGGAAUUAUUAUAUAGCACUCUGGCCAUUCUUUAA